GGACGUCGUAAAAUCCGGGAGGGAAAAUUCCUGUGGGCUGGCCUCCCGGCGCUGGAAGAUUUACCGAGCAAGCGGCUUCCUCGCGGGAUGGAAGGCUGAGUGCGCCGCGACCACCGGCGACCACCCCGCCGCGCAGCACACCGAGCUGCGUCUGAGCCCGGGGGCAGGCACAAAGGAUUCUGGUUCCCUGCGGCUGCUGCAAAACACACGUAUGGUGGUGAACAGCAUUGCUCGGUUCCCCGGUAAACAGGCUGCGGCGAGGGGUAGUGACUCGGGUCUCGUUUUUCCCCCUUAAUUUUAACAACAUAAACUGGUAUAGAUUGGAGGUGCAGGGUUGUGCUACAGCCGAAUGAGCUCUUUGAGCAUGACUCUGCUGGCGUCAUUAAUCACUACAAUGGUAGAUGGAGUGAUGAUUCUUCCUGUGCUGAUCAUGAUGGCCUUUCCCUCCCCAAGCUGGCAAGAUGAACCCUAUGAAUGUGUGUGUGAAGGCAUGUCCUGUGGGAAUGGAGAUCGAUGCCAAGGCCAGCAAUGUUUUGCUUCCCUGAGCAUUAAUGAUGGUGCUAAGGUUUACCAGAAAGGAUGCUUCCAAGUCUAUGAACAAGGGAAAAUGACGUGCAAAACACCGCCGUCUCCUGACCAAGCUGUGGAAUGCUGCCAAGGAUACCUGUGCAACAUGAAUAUCACUGCGCAGUUGCCUUCCUCUAAAGGAUUUACUGGACCAUUCCUGCACAUCCGGAAGUGGUUCUGGGCUUCCUUUCUUGGUGCAGAGAACGGUGGCUCGCCAAAUCACACUUGUAGAGUGUGUAGCUGUUUGGGUAAAAAGCCUGGCAUGCAAGCCAGUGUGUCCCGAUCUCCACAGAACAGAGGCAAGGGCCGUUAUGGAGAAGUUUGGAGGGGUCAGUGGCAAGGAGAAAAUGUUGCUGUGAAGAUCUUCUCUUCUAGGGAUGAAAAAUCCUGGUUCAGGGAAACUGAAUUGUACAACACUGUAUUGCUGCGGCAUGAAAAUAUUUUAGGUUUCAUUGCAUCUGAUAUGACUUCCAGAAACUCUAGUACCCAGUUGUGGUUAAUUACCCACUACCAUGAAAUGGGGUCUCUGUAUGACUAUCUGCAGCUCACUACCCUGGACACCGUCAGCUGCCUACGUAUAGUACUGUCCAUAGCUAGUGGUCUUGCACAUUUGCACAUAGAGAUAUUUGGAACCCAGGGGAAGCCUGCCAUUUCUCACCGGGACUUGAAGAGCAAAAAUAUCCUCGUUAAGAAAAAUGGACAGUGCUGCAUAGCAGAUUUAGGGCUUGCAGUUAUGCACUCCCAAAGCACGAAUCAGUUGGAUGUGGGGAACAAUCCCCGUGUGGGUACCAAACGCUACAUGGCUCCAGAAGUCUUGGAUGAAACUAUCCAGGCAGACUGCUUUGACUCGUAUAAAAGGGUUGAUAUCUGGGCUUUUGGGCUAGUCCUUUGGGAAGUAGCUAGACGCAUGGUUAGCAAUGGUAUUGUGGAAGACUACAAACCACCAUUUUAUGACUUGGUUCCAAAUGAUCCCAGUUUUGAAGACAUGAGAAAAGUGGUCUGUGUAGAUCAGCAAAGGCCGAACAUUCCCAACAGAUGGUUCUCAGACCCUACAUUAACAUCUCUUGCCAAGUUGAUGAAAGAAUGCUGGUAUCAAAAUCCAUCAGCAAGACUAACAGCCCUGCGAAUCAAAAAGACUUUGACCAAAAUUGAUAAUUCCUUAGAUAAACUGAAAGCUGACUGUUGACCUUCUUCUCGUGGUGCUCUCCUGAUAGGAAGGCAUUUGUCUGGUUCAGAAUUAGUCUGGACAGACAGUUUAUACAAUUGGUCCCCAUGUGGCUACUUAUAGAGGCAGAAGUUCUUACCAAGCCAUCUGUGUGGGAGACAUCGGAACCAUAUGGACUUUGCUCAGUGACUACAAUGGGCAUUUCACAAAUGGUCAAGCUAUAAGGACUUACGCUGGAUGUACUGUUGCAAAGGUAGUGGCCUGAAGGAAGACAGAGAAAUCCUAAGACAAGAUCAGGGCAUUAAAUAACGGCUUUGAACAGCUCUUUUAUUUUUUUUUUUUUUUUUUUUUUUUUUCUUUUUUCUUUUUUUUUUUUUUUUUUUAAUUUUAUUUUAUUUUAUUUUUAAUUCUCCUAAUCACUCCCAGGGCGAACACGUGGAAGUGGUAAAUUUUAAUCAGCAAUAUUACCUGUGCUUCUCUUCUUUAUUGCACUAGGAAUUCUUUGCAUUCCUUACUUGCACUGUCACUGUUAAUUUUAAUGACAUGACUUGCCAAAAAUAUGAUUGGCUGUACACUACAUUGAUCGAUGCCUGAAUAAUAGGAAAUGAAUUUGGUAAACUGAAAAUGUAACUGUCAGAUUUUAGCUGCAUUUUACAUGUGUACUGAUGUUUACAAUAAUGCUGAACAUUAGGAACUUCUCGUUUAUACAAAACUUGCAAAUUAUUUAUUACUAGUGCACUUGCCAGUUUUUUUAAACUGUAAAAUAAGUGCAUAAAGUUAAAGCUUAUUUUUAUGUGGCCUCUUUCAUGAUUUCUUACACAGAUGUUUUUGUAACACAAUAUAACCUGAAACAUAAAUUGUUUUCUGUAUUAUCAUAUUACAACUUGAUAGUCACAUUUUAAGUGCUUCACAUUUGUAGGUGUGUGGUCUGUAACAUAUUUUCAGUUCAAAUACGGAACAUAUAUAUAGCCAUUUCCCACAUGACGUUGUGUCUAGUAUCUUACUGAUCUAGAAAAGGAAAGCAAUGGAGGAAUUAACUAGAAUUUUAGGUCAUGAAUGCUGUGGGGAAAAUGCAUUUUAUUUCUUCUAAGCUAUAUAAUAUGCAUUUAAACUCUGCCAGAAAAAUAACUAUUUUGUUUUAAUCUACUUUUUCUAUUUAGUAGUUAUUUGUAUAAAUUAAAUAGAAUGUUUUCAAGUCAAACAAAAGUGUUUUAGUUCUCUUACUGCCUGUCAGUAACAAAGGUGUACUAAUGCAGCAGUGGGUAUCGCCAGUCAUGUGCUUGCAGGUGAAUAGAGCCGGUCCAGGUCAAUACCGGGUGGAACACUGACGGACUGAGGCUGUUAACAGUUGUUUGUCUAGGUGUGUUUUUUCUGAACUGGAUCCCCAAAUAGUACAGCAGGGAACUGGUGUACUGUCCUUAGACAUGACAUCAACCAUGUCCAAACAAACCUCCCAGAGCACAUCUUGCAGGAGGAGGAAUGCCAUCUCCUAGCCUUAUGGGGAAGAACUGAGCUUUGUACGCAGAGAACUGUUUUCUCUGCCUGUACUUCUUGUUACUCUUAUUUGUUACGCCAAGUGGAAGAGUAACUAGGAAGUGACAGUGCCCUUUCAUCCUUGAUAAAGAAUUCCUUUAUUCAUGGGCUUGACAUCCUCCAGGUAGUCUAAGGACCUGAAUAGUAAUCAGUGAUUCAGACACACUUCCUCUCUGGGUUGAAUUUCUCUGAGGUUCCCUUCUGUGCUUUAAGUCCACCAGGUUCUGCUCUCCUGUUUCUCUAUAACUCUUCCUUCUCAGCCCCAGUCUUCCUUUCCUGACUCCAGCCAAGUGGCAUGCCUUUCUUUUUCUGCAUUUCUAGUGUAGAAAUAGCAGCCAAGUUUGCAGGGUGUGUACUCUGUGGGGCUAAGAGGCAGCAUGGUACAGUCACUCUGCAGAGCAGACUGAAUUGAUACCAGUCACUGGGUCUCUUAAUUAUACUUGAAGAGAAUCUGAGCAGAUGCAGUGCUGAAAAAAACAUAAGAAAAACAGUACCCGAUUAGUUGUUCUUGUUAAGUUUUAGGAGAGACAGGAGGUGGCUCUAGCAACAGACAGGGACAGAGCCAGAGGUGGAAGUUCAGUGCGCAGUGUGAUUUUUUUUGAAGCGGCUGGUGAGGGUUUUUUUGCUUGGAGUUUUCACAUCUCCAGUGUUUUCCAGUACAGGUGUUGGAGGAGAGAAACAAUCUGUCAUGCUGAUGAUUAACAACAAUUCUGGCCAUGUUGGCUGAAUUUGCAGUGCCUUUCUCUAAUGCUAAGGUACUGAGUCACAGCAUCUUACUAGAUAUUAGGGAAGAUGGUCAUGUUAAAUACUUGAUCCAUCUCCUCUCUUUGCUGUAGCAUCUUCUGAAAAGUACUGUGUACACAGAAGAAUGACGUGACUUCAGGUUGGAAACAGCUCUGUAUACUCCACAGUGGUUUACUGCGCCUCAUCUUUAAAUCCCUCCAGUGAUGGUGACCACCACUUCCCUGGGCAGCAUGCUCCAGUGCUUGCCUACCCUUUCAGUGAAGCCAUUUUUCCUCAGACCAAAUCUAAACCUCCCCUGGUGCAACUUAAGGCUGAUUGCUCUCAUUCUAUCACUGGUUACUUGGGAGAAGAGACUGACCCCCCACCUCAGUACAACUUCCUUUCAGGUAGAGGCUUGACAAACCCAGUUCCCUCAGCUGCUCCUCCUGAAACUUGUGCUUUACCACUUUCUUUGCCCUUCACUGGACAUGCAAGGGAUAACCAGCUACAGGAUAAAAACACAAACCAUAAAAGCACCCCAUAAUAUCCCAUUUAUCUCGUGUUAGGUAAAGAAGAUUAAAGAAGCAAGCUAUUGGCAGGGUAAAAAAUUCUGUCCAUCAAUGUGCUAGACAAGGUCACUUUCAUUGGUGCAGCUGCUGCUUCCUUUUGCAUAUCAAAACAUUCAAGGAUUAUUUUAAAAACAAUUCAUAUUUAUGCCCUGCUAAUGAAGUAUUUUGGUCCCAGCUUUGACCGAACUAUUUGAAAUGUUAACUAAAUUAUUUUUAAUUAGGUGACUAUUUGGCAAACUUGAGUCAAGAAAAUUGAGUGGAAAAUAAUCAUAAGUAAGUUCUUAGCAAUUUCUUAUCCCUGGAGUUAGGGGUAAGUCAUUCAGCACUUUGCUUUUCUAAUGUAUAAUUUGCUACUGAGGAUAUUGGAGGUCCGUACUUUCAGAAUCAGCAGAAAUGGCAGUGUUGUAAACAGUCCUUUGGGAGCUAGAGGGUGGUGUGCCUAGGAGCAGAGAAGGAAAAACUUGGUGGCAGCCACUGAAGGAUUGAUUAUCUGUGAUCUGUGUUAUUAAACCUCAUUUUUGGGUGUCUGGACAGUGAGGAUAAAUUGGUUGCCGCUUUUCCCCUCAAGGUGUCGAGGUUUUGGCGGUGGGGGGGUGAGUUUCCAAGUGAUGUAUAUGAAGGUAAUACCCCCAUCCCCCGUGCUGUUUUUCUAGCAUGUUUAUUAAUCAGUGUUCCUCUAAUACCCCCAUAAAAUCUAAUCUUCUGAAGAGAUUUUGAAUGCUUAUAUAUAAUCUGCUGCAUUAACACUGCAUUUAUUACUAUGGAGAUGGCACAAGCAGUUCCAUAGUUGAAUUAUUCAUGUGUCUGGCAGAUUUGCACUGUACACAGCCAGUAUGGAUCUGGGGUGCUGUCAUUCGAACAGUGCCUGGCCAUGUAUCAGAGCCCUACGAAGAGGAGGCAUGAGGGCAUGAGUAGCACUACUUGAUUCAGCUGUCCUGUUGAUAGGUAUGACUGCCUGUCAGUUACAGGAGGAAGGCUGGGCAAAAAAUAUAGAGGUACUAUAGAUGGAGGUUGUUGCUUCUUGUCUGGAUUUCUCUUUUUCAUGUGCAGGAGACUUGUUGCUUACUGGUUAGGAAUGUGUUGCACUUUGAGAAGUAUCCUGGGGACAGCUGCCUAAAGCAGCCCAAGGCCAGCAACUCAAGUUAGUGGUGUGGUAGUGAAGUUACUGAAGGCUUCCUCCCACUUGUCUGUAACUUUCCUCGUGAGCCUUCUGUGCUGGAAUUGUCCAUGAAAAAACUAUAUUGGGCUUCAAGAAUUUUUUUAUUUACCUGGAUUAAACUAUUUUGGUAAGGAGGGACAAUGAGGAAUUCUCUUCCUGCGGGGCAAAAUGGCAACUGUGCGGAAAGAUCAGCCUUGGCAUAGUGGUUGUCAGGGGUGAAGGGAAACAAGAGUUUAGGUGCUGUGCCAUUCAUAGAGAGAAAAGUUAAAUCUUUCUCAAACACAGAAUACGUUUCUUUUUACGUGUUAAAGCUGAAAUUCAUGUGGAAAAAGCAAGCAUUUUGUCAAAUGUAGAGCUAAUGGUGUGCUGUGGCAGGUACACUCACCUGGGAAUAGCACAUUUGCUUUAUCCCUAGUGAAAGAAGAAAAACCCACCAUGCUUCUAGUGCCUGAACCAAAAAACUGUGCCAUGACACAGGCCAAAGCAUGCCAGGAAAAACAACGCGCAGCUGUACAUGGUUUACAUCAGUCUCUGCUCAUUGUGGUGGAAGAGGGGGCUGCAAGAGAGACCUCUGGAACACGUGGAGGAGAAGCUGGGAUGUUCUCUGUGGAAAGUGCACUUUCUCACUAGUUACGGACUCAUCUUGUCAAGAGAGCUGUGUGAAGUCUGCAAAAGCGAUCUUCCAAUGGGUAUGGGACAUCUGCUCACCGGGUCAACGUGUUCUGUGCCAGCCAGACUGCUCAGAGGUCGAGGAGCGUGGUCCUUGUGGGGAUCGUGGCCUGCAAAAUGAUACACCAAAGUGCCUGCCAGCUAUCAGCCUUGGGAGACUUAGUUAUUUGGGGUAUUUUUGUUGUUGUUGGUUUUUUGUUGGUUUGGUUUGGUUUUGUUCUUUUUUUUUUUUUUUUUUUUAAAAAAGGUGUCCCCCUUUCCGCCACAGUCGUUGCCAUGUGUUGCUCUGUGUGCAGUGGCAUUUGUCCCAGCAACAUGUCUAAAUCGGGGGGUGUAGCCCUGGCACAGCAGCAUGUCCUGUCCUCCAGUCUGGUGUAGCUCCUCAAGGACUUUCUUUAUACUUACAGAUCUAAUAAAUAUCUCUGCUUGUUCUUGAC